AUGCGAGACCUGACGGCAGGUCAGCUUGGAAGAUUGAUUAAAGUUCGUGCUCAGGUAGUUAGAACACACCCUGUUCAUCCUGAGCUUCUGAUGGGCACUUUUCGUUGCUCAGAAUGCAAAAUCGUUAUAAGGAAUGUGGAACAACCUUUCAAGUAUACACAGCCUACUGUAUGUUUUAAUCCUCAAUGUGGAAACCGUCUGAAGUUCGAACUACUGACAAAUGAAUCGAAGUUUGUUGAUUUUCAAAAGGUUCGUGUUCAAGAAACCCAGUCUGAACUGCCACGUGGUAGUAUCCCACGCAAUCUUGAAAUUAUUUUGCGUGCAGAUACAGUAGAUUUAGCUCAACCUGGUGAUCGAUGUGAAUUCAUUGGAACCCUCAUCGUUAUUCCAGAUAUUGGACAACUAGCCACACCUGGCGACAGAUCUUUAGAAUCUAAGCCAUUACGUGGACGAGAUAAUCAGGAAAUCAGUGGUGUGACUGGUCUAAAAGCUUUAGGAGUACGUGAAUUAUCCUACAGGACGGCAUUCUUAGCAUGUACCGUUAUUCCCUCUAAUGGAAGGUACCUGCCGUCGGAUGACUUGGAAGAGGCAGAUGCAAUAUCGUAUGAAGCUCUCUCAAAAAGACUGACUGCUUCUGAACUAGAUACAAUUUGUCAAAUGAGUCAAGACCGGAAACUUCUCAGCAACAUAUGCAAAUCUCUUUUUCCUACUAUCCAUGGUGCUGAAGAAGUGAAGAAGGGAAUCUUGUUGAUGCUUUGUGGUGGUGUGCCAAAGGUUACUGAAGAGAAAACUCAUCUUCGCGGUGAUUUAAACGUCUGUCUAGUGGGUGAUCCGAGUACAGCAAAGUCUCAGUUUUUGAAACACGUUGAGCGAUUUUCUCCACGUGCCGUUUAUACCAGUGGUAAGGCUAGUUCUGCAGCGGGUUUGACAGCUGCCGUUGUCAGAGAUGAAGAAUCUUUUGAAUUUGUUAUUGAAGCUGGAGCACUUAUGCUUGCAGACAAUGGUGUUUGUUGUAUAGAUGAGUUCGACAAAAUGGACUUAAAAGACCAAGUUGCUAUCCAUGAAGCUAUGGAACAGCAGACAAUCAGCAUAACAAAAGCCGGUGUAAAAGCUACAUUGAAUGCACGCACUUCUAUCCUUGCAGCAGCUAAUCCUAUCGGCGGUCGAUAUGACAGAUCAAAAUCUUUACGGCAGAACAUUAGUUUAUCCGCUCCUCUUAUAUCUCGAUUUGAUUUAUUUUUCGUAUUAAUCGACGAAUGCAACGAUAUUGUGGACUACGCUAUCGCACGUUCAAUUGUAGAUUUGCAUAUGGGAGUACAUGGUGAUCAUGAUACUCAUACCGUCUACUCUCUCGAUAAUAUUCGUCGCUAUAUUGCUUUCGCUCGUUGCUUUAAACCCAAGAUUAGUGCUGAAGCAAUGGAAUGUAUGGUUGAGGAAUAUAAAAAAAUGCGUCAACGCGACGCCUCUAGCGGGACAAAGUCUGCGUGGCGUAUUACCGUCAGACAGUUGGAAAGCCUUAUCCGUCUUUCAGAGGCUACUGCAAGACUCCACUGUGCAGAUACUGUAACCCAAAACCAUGUUCGUGAGGCGUUCGCCCUAUUAAACAAAUCUAUAAUACGUGUUGAACAACCUGAUAUUAAUUUGGAAGAAGAUGAAGAACAUCAACAACCAGAUGCUUCUGAAACACCACUUACUGAACAGCAAACAGCAGAUGCAGACACAGCGGCAGGCCAUUUGCGAGUAACAUAUGAUGAAUAUAGGCGCAUCGCUAGUCUGUUAAUUCUAAAGGCACGAAAUUGGAGUGAGUCCUUGGCGUCCGAAGCUGCAUCCGAUCAGACAGCAGGUGCCCCGAAAAGGAGUGAAUUGGUAAACUGGUACUUGGAAGAAGUGGUUGAUGAAAUUGAAACAGAAGCACAGUUAACGGAAUGUAAACUUCUAGUAGAACGCAUAAUCGACCGUCUAAUAAAAAAAGAUAAUAUUUUGAUAGCUAUUGGUGGCACAGGACUAGACGCAUCUUCUGAUACAACAGACCCUUAUAUCGUCGUGCAUCCGAAUUAUGUGGAGUGAUUCCGAAUGGUUUCGCUGAGAUGUUUUUAUGUGUGCAUGUUUUUUAUGAUAGAGAUAACUAUUAUUAUUUAAUAAAUUCUUCACUAAGUG